AUUUCGGCCGCCAGGAUAUCUCAGGCCAUCAUGAUCCCAAACGGCAGAAGACGCUUCCGUCUGCCCUUUUGAACAUGAGGGCUGACUGGUCAUAUAUCUUCCUCACUGCGAAGGUUGCAUCCUUCAAAUCUUCAUCGUCUCAACCUUGAAUUCCUUCCGUCAGUCUUUUGAGAAAUACUCCUUUCCGCCGCUCUUUCAACUCAUACGAAUAAAGCCGUUCAAAAUGGUUGACAAGUUCGAUCCCAACUUCACCCAAAAUGUCAUCAAUGCCACAGGUCCAAAGACAGACCCUCGUAUGCGAGAGGUGAUUACCUCGCUCAUCCGCCAUCUCCAUGACUUCGCUCGCGAGGUCGAACUUACCGUUGACGAAUGGAUGGCCGGUGUGAACCUAGUCAACUGGGCCGGCCAGAUGAGCAACGAAAAGAGAAACGAGGGACAGCUAGUAUGCGACGUUUUGGGUCUUGAAUCUCUCGUUGAUGAAAUUACUUUCUCUCGCGCUGCUAACGCACCUGAUGCCGCUACAGCCACCGCUAUUCUCGGCCCUUUCUUCAGAACCGACGCUCCUCACUAUCCUAAUGGCUCGAGCAUUAUCAAAACCCCUCCUGCCGAGGGCGGCGAGGUCACCUAUAUGCACGGCAGAGUCGUUGACUCUGUUACCGGAGAGCCAAUUGAGGGAGUGGUGAUCGAUGUCUGGGAGGCAUCCACCAACGGAUUGUACGAGCAACAAGAUCCAGAGCAGGCAGAUUGCAACCUUCGAGGAAGAUUCACCACAGACAAGGACGGAAAAUACUCCCUCUACUGCCUAAGGCCAACCCCAUACCCAAUUCCUUACGACGGCCCGGCUGGAAAGAUACUUCAACUCCUUGAUAGACACCCAAUGCGUCCAGCUCACAUUCACUUGAUUGCCCAACACAAGGACUAUAAACCAAUUACCACGCAGAUCUUUGAUAGCGAGGACAAAUACCUUGCCAAUGACUCCGUAUUUGCUGUUAAGCACUCUCUUGUGGUUGAAUUCAAGCCUCUGCAAGGAGAUGACAAGGCAACCAGAGAAGUUCAGUACGACUUGAAACUCAAGAAACAAGGUUAAAAAGCAAAAAUAACGAAAAAGAAAAAAUAAUGACAGAUCUACCUUGAUAUUUUUGACUAUCUUUCUCUUCUCUCCACUAUCUUGUCAUACUUCCAACGGGAAAUGUUGUAUAUGAGUCUAUGAACUGGGGUUGGUUGGUCUCCAUCUGAUGUACUGUACAUAACUACAUAUCAUCACCAACUACAGAACUAUAUUCAUUCUUGGAAUGUGAAAAUAAUCUUCCAUGCC